AGAAGUGAAAGGGAGGAAAAAAAGGGAAGAAAGAAGCAGAGAAGAAAAAGGGAGGAUACAACAACUACAACUAUGCUGUGCUGCAUAAGAAGAACCAAACCGGUGGAGAAGAAUGAUGAGGCGGACCAGAAGAUUGAACAGGAUGGCACCACCAACAAACCUGAGGACAAGGCCCACAAGGCUGCCACCAAAAUACAGGCCAGCUUCCGUGGACACAUAACUCGGAAAAAGAUGAAAGAUGGAGAGGAAGAGAAGGAGGGAGACAGUCCUGCUGCUGCAGAGGAGGCAACAGAGGGAGGAGAGGAGGUAAAGAAAGCAGAGGGAGAGGAGGCACCUGCAAAGGAGGAGGAAGCUGCAGGAGAGGAGGCCAAGAAGGAGGAGGAGACAAGCCAAGCCAAAAGCCCAGUGGCGGACAAGCCAGCUAACUCUCCGGCAGCUGCUGCUGCCUCUCCUGUAGGCGCUGCAACGUCUCCUGUAGCAGCAGCACCGGCUGCUGCCUCUCCCAUGGCUGCCACGGCGCCCUCUGAGCCCCAGAAAGAGGAGCCAAAGGUGGAGGAGAAAGCUGAGGAAAAGCCCAAAGAAGUGGAAGCCCCAGCGGUAGCCAAGACUCCCACCAUGGCCACAGCUGAGGAGAAGAAGGAGGAGAGUGAAGAAAAAAAGGAGGAGGCCAGACAAGCCGAUGUGCCUGCUGCUGUCAGCCCGACAGCUGAGAAGGAGGAGCCUAACCAAACAAAAGAUAAACAAGAUGCUGCAGAGGAGUCUAAAGAAGAGGAGGCCACCCCGGCAGAUGCAGCAGCGGAGGGUACCGAGUCCAAGGAUGACUAAGGCAUAGUCUAACCUUAAAGAAAGCAGAAUUAAGAGUAUGAAGAAUAACACAAAAACAAAAAUCUAAAAAGGUUGCUCUUUGCCUUCCCAAUGUGAAGGCAGUCCGUUUCUAUUUGUUUGUCAUUUUUUGUGUGGCAAUGAUUUUCUCAUGUUGGGGGAGUUUCCAGCGUUAAGUUUUUUGGCUCAAGCUAACACUAUGAGGAAGUGGUGAUGGUGAUGAUGAUGAUGUUGAUGAUGAUGAUUAUGGAAAUUGAUUGCUACCUUGAU